AUGGCUCCAUCGAUACCUUCCACUAAAGCACAGGACUCGACAUCCAUUCACCACACUAGCAUCUACCCACGUCUAGUCCCUGCCCGACUUACCGAUCCUCUGAUUUACGCCAUCUCGGGUGCUAUAGCGGGGCUAGCUUCCGGAAUCAUCGUCUGUCCCCUAGAUGUUAUCAAGACAAAACUGCAGGCUCAGGGGGGGUUCUCGUCGAUGCGUAAGAGGCUGGCAACACAUGGGCAUGGUGUGGGGAGUGUUGGAGGGGUCAAAAUGGGUAGGGGAAUGGCUGAUCGGGCCACGAUGGGAGAAAGGGUUCUUGCUUACAGGGGACUUGUGGGAACAGCUAGGACGAUUUGGACGGAAGAGGGUGUUAGGGGUAUGUAUCGUGGAUUGGGGCCUUUAAUUCUGGGCUAUCUCCCUACAUGGACAGUAUAUUUCACCGUGUACGAGAAGUCGAAGGAUGUUACCGCGGAUCGUAAGUUUGGCCUUGUUCAUUUGUCGCUUCGCGGCGUCUACGGCCUUUCUAUUCGUGCUCAGGGUCUAACCGUCAGCGUGAAGAGUUCGGAGGUGCAAGUUGGUUCACCCAUACUCUAUCUGCAAUGGUAGCCGGUACCUCAUCAACGCUCGUCACAAAUCCGAUCUGGGUGAUCAAGACCCGUCUCAUGUCGCAGAAUGCAAUCGCUGCCAACACGUCUUCGCAAUACUCCCCCAUCUCGAAUACCUCAUCGGCAUAUGUCAAGGUUCCCUAUCACUACACCUCCACUCUCGAUGCUGCACGCAAGAUGUACCUUCACGAAGGCAUUGGCUCAUUCUACUCGGGACUCGCGCCGGCACUGUUGGGACUUUCCCAUGUAGCAGUGCAGUUUCCACUUUUUGAGGCGUUCAAGAGGCUCUUCAUCGGAAGCGAACAGCUAGAGAAAGGCUCAACCGGUUUUACUCAUUUCUGGGGUGUUCUCGCCGCUAGCUGUCUGAGUAAAGUAUGCGCGAGCUCAGCAACAUAUCCGCAUGAAGUUCUACGCACCAGACUUCAGACCCAAAAGGUAACCCAUAGCGAUGGGGACACGCGCCCUCGCUAUCGCGGCAUCAUUCAUAGUGCCAGAACAGUGUAUCGGGAGGAAGGUUGGAGGGCAUUUUACGCUGGGAUGGGAACGAAUAUGCUCCGUGCGGUUCCCGCCAGUGCCAUGACUCUGAUCACCUUUGAAAGUCAGUUUUCUCUUCCCCUCCCAUGGCCCCUGGUUCGCUAGUUGACCGCGUAAAAACAUGUAGUUGUGUCCGGGAAACUCCGUCGCUGGAAAGCGGAAUCUGUAGAAGAGGAUCGGCGCCUCCGCUAA